AUGCUUUAUUUCCAACAUACCGGCGGGGCACCCCCACCCGGCGGGACUGGGUCCCCGGGCCCCCGCCUCCUCCCGCGGACACAGCGCCCUCAGCAGCCCCGGCGGCCCUCCCGCCUCGGGGCGGCGCCGCUCAGGCCGCAGCCCAGGCCGCCGCCCGGAGCAGAGAUGAACUUUGAGGACGUGGCCAUCGCCUUCUCUCAGGAGGAAUGGGGACUCCUUGAUGAGGCUCAGAGACUCCUGUACUGUGAUGUGAUGCUGGAAGUGUUUGCACUGGUCUCGUCUGUAGGUUGUUGGCAUAAAAUGGAUGAUGAGGAGGAGGUCUGUCUUGAGCAAAGCAUAUCUGUUCAAGUAGAGUCACAGAGCAGGGCUUCAAAGACAGCUCCAGCAACCCAGAGGAACCAUCUCUGUAGGAGAUGUUUCUCUGUAUACAAAGAUAUUCUACACCUGACUGUGUCACAAGCAGCAGACUUUGAGCAGACAGCCUUCUUCAGUGACGCAUGUGUGAGAGACUUCUGUUUCAGUGGAAACCCUCAGCAGCAGCAGAGGGAUGCCAGUGGAGAGAAGCCCUGGAAAAAAGAUGUGGACAGGGCCUCGUUUGUUACCAGGUGCAGCUUCUACUUACCUUGGGUGCCUUCAACUAAUAAGGAGAUUGGGGAAGACUUUCCAGCCAUCCCAGAGCUUCUCCAGCCCCAAGCUCCUCUCAGCACUGAGGAGACACACAGUGGCAGUGACGUUUCACAGGAAUAUCUUGGUGGAAAAAGUCUUCAACAGACUUGUAACUGUGAAAAAUUUGGCAGCCACAACCAGAAAGUUGUUCAGUGUCAGGGCGCCUGCUCUGGAGAAGGGAAAUAUGAGUGUGAAAAAUGUGGGAGAGUUUUUAAACGAAUUUUUCACCUAAUUCAACAUGGAACAAUUCAUACUAACAAAAAGCCUUAUCAAUGUACUGAUUGUGGAAAAUCUUUUAGGAACAAUAAAUACCUCUUCAACCACAAGAGAGUUCACCGUGGCAAAAAAACUUUUAAAUGUAUUGAUUGUGGGGAGUUCUUUGGACCGAAAUUGUCACUCAUUCAACACCACAACGUUCAUACCAGAGAAAAGCCUUAUGAGUGUAGUGAUUGUGGAAAGUCCUUCAGGGUAAGCUCUCGCCUCAAAGAAUACAACCGUGUUCACACUGGAGAAAGUCCCUAUGACUGUACUGACUGUGGGAAGUCCUUCAGUAGAAACCAUGCCCUCUUUGAACACAAGAGAAUUCACACUGUAUUUGUGGCCGAAGUGACCUACUCUACCACUUGUCUCACCUGA